AUGACACCAAUAGACUGGACGAAUGUAUCUAAAGCUGUAAAAUUUAUUCAACAAUCAAUCGACAUACAACGAGGUGGUGUACCUUCAGUUAUUUCAACCAAUGACGGCGGUGUGCUAUCCGUUGCAUCAAAGAGCUCGAGUUCCAAAUCGUGUACCUUGCCAUCGAUUACUUCUACAAAGAAUUCUCGCUUAUCAACACCGUCAUUCUCUUCAAGUGAUGGAAAAGGUAAACGUCCACUAUCAUUUUCUCCGAUGUCCGAUUAUUUACGAUCUUGUUCGCAACAACAACAAUCGUUCAUGGAGAUUAAUGUCAUGCCAACAAUUCAACAGUCAAACAAUCCAACACCUCGAAUUCUUGCUCCAUUGAUCGAACCACAGGAAAUUCAAUGUCAAUGGUGUGGUUGUGAUCUGUUAUUCUCGACACCGACACAAUUGACGGAACAUAUUCGGUCUGUUCAUAUCGAUCGCACUGAUUCUCGUACCUGGCAUUGUCAAUGGCAAUCAUGUACUCGCAGUCGAAUGCCGUUCAAAUCGCUUUAUUCUCUCUUUCUCCAUCUCCGAACUCAUACGCAAGAUCGACCAUUUCAAUGUGCACACAUUGGCUGCACAAAGUCAUUUACACGAGCAGAGUAUUUACGUUUGCACGAACGUUCGCAUACAGGUGAAAAACCAUAUCCAUGCGAAUAUCCCGACUGUUCGAAGGCAUUUAGCAAUCCAUCUGAUCGAACUAAGCAUGUGAAACGGACACAUUUGAAUAAAAAAGAAUAUGUAUGUCAAAUUCAAGGUUGUGGUAAAUCGUAUACAGAUCCAAGUUCACUAAGAAAACAUGUUAAAAGUACUCACGGUGAAGAUGCAUUCAAACAAAAGAAACAUAAACGAACAGACGAAAACAAUGAUCGGCAAUAUCAGGAUGCUAGAGGACCUUUUCCGGAUACAGUUCCAUCUUGGAAUAUCAAUGCACCGAAUGUUUCCAAUAAUCAAUCCAAUGUUAUGCUAGUAAAUCAAGACUUCGAUAACGAUGAUGAAGAAGAUGUAAUUGUGGAUCACAGUGCUGCACUUAAUGUCGACGCACUAGGAGAAAAUUUAGGAGAACUAUCUGUUGGCUGUAGCACUAUGUUACCAGUGCAUCGCAUGCCAGUGAUGAAUCCUUUGAAACAACUUGCAAGAAAAGCAGUUCUACCAGCAAUACAUAUCACUGGAGUUUGUGAGGCUAUUGAAAAUGAAACAUUGUUGAACACAGAUGAAUGUUCAAAUGAAGUUCUUCGAACAAAACAACAACAACAACAUCAAGUUGCAUUUCGUUCCAUUCAAAAUCAUCGGAUAAGUGCGCAGUCUGGUAGUACAGCAUAUGGCAGUAUGAGAAGUGAUUCAAUGAAUAUUGAAAGUCCUCUUUUGCUUCCAAGUAACCACUCAAGCAUGAUAUCUCUGGCUCCUCAUCCAAGUGCAUCACCAUACGAAUACGAUUGUAUACCAAAUGAAAAUAUCAAAUACGAAACGCGAAGUCAUAAUGAACUGACCAUUCCAUCUUUUCAAAGUUCGCAUAGUCCUCUGCGACGUUCCAACGGUAGUUCUGAACAACUUCUUACUUUACCACGUGCAAGCUCUUCAAUAAGCCAUUUGAGUUCAAUCUUCUCCAAUGAACUAUCUCCAUCGAGCAGCUUCUGUGUCAGUGCACUGUCAGGCGAUGUUCAUCAACGAUCAACUUCGAACGCAACGAACCCUAAAACGGCACAUCUACUCUAUUUCCUUCAAACACUUGACUAUACUCCACAUGUCGAUAAUGCAGAUGCUUCGUAA